CCGCCGAUCGAAUACAUCGAUCAGAAAGACUGAAAGCCGGCUGGACCGGAGACUGUCCCCGAGAAACGACAGCGUUCAGGUCUGGGACGGUUGUGUGGUCUCUAACAGUUAGCUCGCUAGUUAGCCGGUUCGUUGUCGGUCCUUCUGGACGUCAACAAGCUGCAAACACGUCUGUCAGCUGUCAAUAACCAGCCAUGGCCAUCAAUAAAGCCAAAGUCGCUAUCGGGUUCAUAGUGGCGGGUGUCCUCAUGGUGUUCUUCGGGACUCUUCUUACUUUUGUGGGACCGAUAAUCAUCGACGACCAGGUGGUGAAGAACACGGUGAUCGACCCGAAGAACGAGAUGUCCUACACCAUGUGGAAGGACGUCCCGGUGCCGUUCUUCAUGUCCGUCUACUUCUUCAACGUGCUGAACCCCAAAGAGAUCCUGCUGGGGGAGAAGCCCAUGGUGGAGCAGAGAGGACCCUUCGUGUACAGGUGCUCACUUUAAGCUUCUCAAGUCUUUAGAAACUCACACACGAUCUGUGAAUAUGUGCACGAUGCAUCUUCUCCUCAUCUUCUGUUGCUUUUCUGACUUUUAUUUGUCAAAUUCUACUGAAAUAUUUAAGAUAUUAUGAUUUAAGUUCUUUUCUCAUUUAAAUUUGUGUUCGUCCAAACACACCAACACAGAUAC